CUUCCGGAAUCCGAAAAGCGCUAACCUCUGAAUUUGUUUAUCACUGUGUUGACUUUUGGGGCUCCCGGGAGGCGAUAACACAGUGAAAAUGGUGAAGAUAGGCAUUCAGAUUUGUGCCACGCUAGAGAAUGUGGAGGAAUUGAAGACAACGCAUCCGCAUUAUGCAUUCUUCUUCAAGUUCCGCUGCAACAAUUGCGGCGAGUCGUCGGACAAGUUUCACGAUCUCACGGAGGCGGAAACGGUGAAUGUGGACUCACGAUGCCCGCGUGGCUAUAAUUUCUAUGCCAAGUGCAAGCUGUGCAGCCGCGAGAACACCGUGGACAUCGUGGAGGGCAGCAAUGCGUCGUACUUGGCGGAGGAUUCCGGGAAGUUCAAGACAAUCGUCACUCUGGACUGUCGCGGUCUGGAGCCCACUGAGUUCCUGCCCAAGAGCGGAUGGAUCGUGAAGGCUGCCGACGGAGGUCCAACUUUCCAGGACGACGUGGGCUUCGAUGAUGACGACUGGACGGAUUACGACACGAAGAACAGUGUCUCUGUUGGCGUCUACGAAUUCCAGUCAAACUUCGUGAAGCUCAAGAAGUAAUUCGCGCGUUCUACUCACUCUCACUUUGUAUUUUUGCAAAAUAAAUUCAACACUACUCUGGAAUUCUGGAUCAUCCAUCAAAAUGAGCUUCAAAAGCG